CUCAAAUGCGCUGACAAAUUGGUCAUUUGUCAGGAGGACUGCAAUGGGCCGAAGGUCGUUACGGAGAUAAGCAGCUCGAUGCUAUGCCCCUCACGACUGUGUUGAUUGGGUAAGGAACGGAAGAGCGUUGCAGUCAAGACAAGAAAAAAAUUCACCGACGUGUUUUGCGCGCGCAGUUGCUCUUUAUAAAAAGAGAAGCAGAGGCGUUGAAGAGCCCAAGUCAUUGAGUUCGCAGCUCUCAUUGCGGGGGAAGAGACGAUUUGAACGACAAAAAGCUCCCGGAACCGACAGCAAUGGCCGCGGUUAGAGAAGACACCACGACGGGCGAAGAGGCUUCAACUGGCCUCUCCAAGAUCCUCUCCAAGAUGCUCUGGACACCGCCGUGGUUGAGAUGGAAUGCAGACGAGAACUUUGAAAUGUCGUGGCCUCUAACUUGCUUGUUUGGAUUUGUUGCAGCUUUUAGUGUCGCAAACCUCUAUUAUACCCAUCCAAUUCUUCACAUCUUGGCGCAAGACUUUGGUGUUUCUGACGAGCGGGCUUCGCUGGUUCCAACAUUGCUGCAGGCUGGCUAUGCCACUGGUUUGCUCUUCAUCGUCCCCAUCGGCGACAUUGUACACCGCCGGCCGAUGAUCAUCAGCCUGGUUCUCGUGACGUCGUUGUUUUGGCUUGGCUGUACUUUGGCAAAAACUUUUGAGCUCUUCCUCGGCUUGUCCUAUGUCGUCGGCCUCUUCACCGUCACACCGCAACUCAUGUUUCCUCUGACUGUACGCUAUGCCCCAGCUCGACACCGACCCACCAUGACCGCCAUCGUCAUGUCUGGGCUCGUCUUUGGAAUUCUGGUGGCUCGAUUGCUCUCUGGUAUUGUGACGCAAUACACAAACUGGCGGAACAUCUACUGGAUGUCGUUUGGCUUACAGCUUGCAAUUGUGCUCCUUGCCUUCUUGCUCAUGCCCGACUUUCCCGUGUUGCGACCGGGCGCGUCUUAUCCUAGCAUCCUUCUUAAGAUGGUGAAACUGCCUUUCCAGCAGCCAGUGCUAACACAGUCAGCGCUCAUUUCCUUUGUGCUCAUGGGAAUGUUUACUUCGUUCUGGACCACCUUGACGUUUCAGCUCGCGGGGCCGCCCUUCCAUCUAUCGACACUUGUCAUUGGUCUUUUCGCCCUGGUGGGCAUGUCACCGGUUCUCUUUAGCCCAAUCUUUUCACGACUGGUCAUGACACGUCUGCACCCGAGCGGCACUUUGAUCAUAGGGCAUCUCAUCCUGCUCACAGCUGUUUGUAUUGGAACCUUUACCGGCACCUUUUCUUUGGCAGGACCUGUCAUUUGGGCCAGCAUCGGAGACUUGGGCAUGACCAUUGUGACUGUUUCCAACCGGAUGGCGUUUGCAAACGUGGAGCCCACUGCCCAGAACUCAGUCAACUCGGUUUAUAUGGUCUUCACUUUCUGCGGCCAGCUAUUCGGAACGGGUGUAGGAAACAAGCUGUACGCAAGUGGUGGAUGGAUCAGAAGCGGCUCUCUGUCCAUUGGCCUUGUUGGCGGCGGCCUGCUGCUUGUUCUUGUUCGAGGACCACAUGAGACAGGCUGGAUAGGCUGGUCUGGUGAAAGAAAAUCGAGAAGAGACAUGUAA